ACGUGUCUAGAUCGGUUGACUGACUCAUCGUGACCGUACGCGCGCGAGAGUACCCGACGGCGACGUGCGCGCUUUGCUCGUCAUCCCGGGUAUUUGGGGAUGCUGGGUGGCUCAGGUGGUUGCGUGGCGGCCCGAAAUAGAGACGAUCGCCCGCGCAAAAUCACGUCGAGUCGCGCCGCGAAUAGUGCGCGCCCACCGCCUUCUCGAGAGCCGACGGUAAUUUUAGAACGUUUUGUUUUCGUGCCAGGAUGCCGCGACGGCGUGCGCGGAGUCGCGAGUCGCACGUACACGCGUCGCGAACCGCGUGCCGUUGCUUCCUCUUCGCGAGUCUCGAGUCGAGAUUACGUUCAACGUUGAGAUCGAUGUACGCGCCUCACCCACGCGUUCACGGACGCCUAUUCGAACAGACUGUAACAGUUCGGUGGGGUGUUUACUUAACGAAUAGAACAAUUCAGGGCUCUGCUGUUUCCGGUUGCAGUCGAGUUCCUUCGAUCAAUGACGAUCUUUGAAUAAGAGGCCUCGAUCGUGUUUGUCUGAAAGAAUUCAGCUUUUUUAAUCGAUGCAAGUGAAAGUUGGAUAUUGGAAACUAGUGGAUAUUGGAAGUGUGUUGCUCACAAUAGACCUAAGAAUAUUCAGUCGUCGAGCACUCUUAGCCGUUUGCAUUCGGAGGACGAGUGGAGAGGCGCGGUGUAAAAGGAAGAGAAAAUUGACGUUGGGGAGAGACCGGGAAGGAAACGGCAAGGGAAGGAGCAGGGAAUGAAGUUGAGACGCCAAAGUGAUAGCCAAAUCGAGAAACACGCGGACACGCUCGUUUUACAUCGAUCGGUUGCCUCCUAUGGCGUGUCCUUAUUACCAGGGAUGACAGCGGUAAAUCGGCCAACCUUUUUUAGUUACCCCAUGUUUUUAUUCGACUCUCGAAAUACUCCGUGGAAGACUGAUUUUAAAGCGAAACCUUUCAAACUUUUUCUAAUACGGUGAUUUUUAAUCGUUAUAUCUAAGAACACCGCGAGCAAUGGAGAGUAGAAGAACCGUAGAAACGAAGCAAAGACCGAAGGAAAACGAUCGGAAAGUCAAGGGAAGAAAAGCGCAGCGAGAAAAGAAAGAAAAUAGAAGGAGCAAAUCGCGACGGAGAUAGAGUGAAAGGGGGAGGGGGUAGAGGGAAAGAAAAAAAGACGGAGAACGGUCGCGUGGCCGUGCGUGGUCCCAAAUAGGGCAUCAGGUGGUUGCGCGACGCCCGCGAGAGAAAAAGAUCUUUCGCGCGUGCGCAGAGGCGCGUGUGCCUCUCGUAACCGGGCGCGCGCACGCAUGUACGCGAGUACCAGAGCGGCACGCGCGCACUCUUACAGGUGGUGGCAACUGGCUGUACACAGGAAAUUGCUCCUUUGCCGUGCAAACUCGGCCCAGGACGGAACUUUGCGGGCCGCCGUUCACCCGGAUUAUCCGUCGAUUAUCCGAUCGAACCGCAUUCAAACAGAAUCGAUACGCGCGCCCGCGACUAUCCGAGAAUAAUCUCACCUGUUGCUUUUCAUCUUUCCCAAACGUCCUCGUUUUCCCCCUGGCUUUAACGAUAGCGAGACGAUAACGCGAGCUUUAAAAGAACGACUUUGAUCGGUGUGUGUCAGAGAUGGCUAAAUUAAAAGCAAGUAGUGUCGUCCUACGAUUAGUCAGACGUCUAACCGAGUAAAAUCUCUACCUAUAUGAAACGAGUCGUAAAACAAGUAUCGUUAAUGGAAAUUUCAACCAUCUUGUAACGAUUCGAAAACAAAAUAAUACACAGUUUCUCGAGAGGGACCAAUGAGCGAGCUUCAUCUCCGAACAAGCAGCGUUUAAUCGAUACGUUUAAUUCGAACGUUAAACCGACGCCUGUCAUCGACAGGGACGAAGCGUCGAUACGCGUGCGCCGUUCGCGUUAGCAGAUGCGAGCUUACGCGGACAGAGGAGCGGCAACGUAACGAAAAGACGAUCACGAGGGAAACUUUUCUCGCUUUGCACGAUUGUAUCUAUUUUCAAAUGAGAGGAGCGAAAGAUCUACGGAGAAACACAAGAACAAGAAGGGGAGGAAGAAUAGACCGCGCAAACUUGGCAACGUUUCGCAUCUCACCAAAGAAUAUAUGUAUCGUUCCGAAUCGUUUUAACCGUUGCACAUUAUAUGAACACUUUAAUUUAAAAAGAUUAUUCGAUAUGACUUUUAACGCCUUGCUUCAAUGGCAUUUUACUCGUUGUACAUUUCUUUCUUCCUGGAACACACAAAGUAUCAGCUACAAACUAUCAAUCGUUCCGUAAUCUCGCUCUGCAUAGGUAGAAAAUAUUUAUUUUCAACGUAUGUUCCCGAAACGAAACAACAUGCCAGCAUUUCAAAAUUGCGAUGAAGUGCGUUGAAACGAUAUACAUAUAAAAAAAAAAAUUGGUCGCAAAGUUUGAAACGUUUAUUAGCGAGGGAGAAUAGUUUGAUGAGCGCGCGCGCUCGCGCCACGUCUCUACGUCACGGUGCUCUACGUCACUGGAGAACGAGCGGCGUCGUUGAAGAGGGAGAAGUGGCGCGGGAGUGCGAAGCACGCAGAGGGGCUAGGGGAGUUAGGGUGGCUCGGUGGGGGUAAAGAUGCCUGCGAGCGGUGGCUCGCAGUGACGACGGCGGGCGUCGCGGAGUGGGAGUAGAGGCGCGUGUGUACGUUUACACACACGCGGUCAGCUAUAUACGCGCUCGCACACAGACGCGGAUUGAUAGGGAACCGCAGAGCGGGGAUUGGCUGGCGGUCGACUCGCCGCUUCCAAAUAUGGGACAGUCUCCGCGGUCCAUUCAUAAAACUACGGGGCGCGCCGCCGCUCGGCUCAGUUCGUGCGCGACCCCCACGCAUCGCGCGUCCUCCGACGAUUCGAUUCCUCUCGACCACGCACACCUAACCGCGGAGAGAUACAUACCAACCUACGUCGCACGGUAAAUCUGACAGAAGAGGUAGGAACAGGGUGCGAGAGAGGAGGGAAAGGAGACGGAAAAGGACGGAGGACAACGGAACGACAAAUAGGCGCGCGGUCGCGCGCGCCUACACCUACGCGACGCAACACGAGUGGAUCCGUGAGCGAGGAAAGAAUCUUAUGAAUUUCGAACGCGUAAGCUCGAUCAACGGCCGACUCGAAAAAGAAGAGAGGAGGCGACAACCGUAACCGUAACCACCGUUUGGAAGAGGAGUCGCGGUCUCGACGCUUUCACCCCUUCGGUUCGCGUUGUCACGCGUUCUCGUUGGUCCGUUUUAGUCGGACCAGGCGAAUGAGAUCCGGAUCGAAACGACGAUCGGUCGCGAUUCGGUGAGAUUGGAUUUUCUCUGUUCUGUACACUUGGGUGGUGGUGGUGGUGGUGGAGGUGGUAGUGGUUUGCGGUUGGUGGUGGUUGUACGCACGGUGGUGUCUAUUAUCCGAGCGCGACAAAUCGCACAAGUGCGCGCGCGCGGCCGUGCUUGGUCGCGAAAGAGAGAGGGAAAGAAAAGGAAGGACGGAGAGGCGAGCGAUCGAGACACGGUUUUUGCCGCCCGGCGUCCGCUCCCUCGUGUGUACCUCGCUGAAAGAGAGACUCGGCGCGUGCCGCGCAACGGAUAAAAAAGGGGGAGCGCGUGCUACGUCCGCUUGACUACUAACCCAGUGACUCGAGCUUGAGAGAAGGAGGGAAGGACUGAUACGACCGAUCUCUACGGACUUGACGUUUCGAUCUCGUGCUCGCGCAAAGUAUCUCUUCCGGCCGCCGAACAACGCUCUCGUUGCACGGAGAACGAAAGGAUACGGUAAAGACAGAGACCGAAAGACGAUAGAAAAAGCUAACCAGCGCAAAGCUUGACCCGGUGGGAGAGAGAAAAAGGCUUAACUGUGUCGGGACAAUCGAGGAAGGACAACAUUUUAACCAUAAUAAUAGCGUUGAACGAUACAACCGCAGGCGAGGACACGCAGUGCGGUACCGAGGAAGCUGUCGUCGUUGGCCAGGGAGGCGACCCGCUCCAGAGGAUGACGAUGGACGGCAUGGAAGUGGUGGGCACGCAGCCCCACGCAGCCACCAGCCCGUUUCUGCUCUCGUCGCCGCCCCUUGGCCAUCAUCAUCAUCAUCAUCAUCACCCCACCUUCAAUCUCCAAACGGUGCAGCUCAGCUUCGACGCGUGUCUACCGUACAACGCGGCGACGUCCUCGAACUCGAUUGUUUGCGGUGUCGGCGCCACGUCGUCGCCAGUUCCCACCACUUGCACCUCUUCGACGAAUUGCAACAAAACGAUACCCACCCUCUCUUUGCACCCGCAACAUCAAAACAAUACCGAUACCACGGAACACCAUGGCCCGCAACACCAUCACCAUCAUCAUCACCAUCAUCAACGGCUCGGUGACCAUCAGCAUCAUCGACACGUCGAUGCCUCCUCGCCGUCCAACGACUCCACCGACGGUAAACGACGGUUGCAGUCCGGCAACGACGAGAAGGACUGCUCGAGGGACUGCAGGGACGAUCUUCAGGAUCCUAUCGAGAAGGAUAAGCCAGGUGACCUAAACACGCCGGUUACCACCAGCAGCGAUUUACCGUCCUUCUUCGGCCCCUCCGCGCUCGUCGAGCCACCUCCUAUUUCAGGCAGCCUGGCGGGCGAAGAUCUUUCCCUGGAAGAGGCGACAGCGGAGGACGAUGAGACGACAACAUCAGCCAGCAGGGAUCACCGACAUCAUCAUCACCAAGAGUCUCAGGACAACGGAACGCCUGGGGCGCCUUCGUCGAACAGUCCGCCGCGUCAUCAUCAAGCUCAAGACGACGCGGAUCGUUGCAACGUACUGCAAGGCGGUGUGAUCCUCUACUCUUCCCCGCAUUCCACGUCGUCGGUGUCAUCGGCGCCCGCGACCAGCGUCAACAUUUGCAACGUGCCGACGCUGACCUACCGCGGUGUCUUUACCACCACCUGCGCCCAAUCCUCGCCUCUUAAUACCCUGCAAAAUCAACAGCAGCAGCAGCAGCAACAACAACAACAACAACAACAACAACAACAGCAACCCCAACAGCAACAGCCGGCAAGUCAGGAGCUCUGGGGUCCGUUACCCUCGCCGACCCUGACCUUGACGGGUCAACCGUUCCUUCACCCCACUCUGCACUCGUCCCCGUACGGCGGUGAGACCGUCGAACUUCUCCAGGUCGAAUCGAAACCACCCCCGCCGCCAGGUUACCACGAUACGCCUACCUCCACCCCGGCUGGCUGGUUAACGGCGCACGAAGAGGCUUACGACCCGAAUCUCCUGUCCCACCACCAUCCUCAUCACCAUCAUCAAGAGACGACGCUGAAGCAGGAGCCGACAGGAACGGGCGGAUACGGUCCAGCCGUUCAACAGCAGCAACAGCAACAGCAACCUCAGUCGAGUCAACAACAGCAACAGCAACCUCCACCAUCCGCCGGUACGGGCGUUCAGCUCGCCGAAUACAACCCUAGCACGUCCAAGGGGCACGAGAUUCUCUCGCAGGUUUACCAACAGAGCGCUCUGCCACUCAGGCUGGUCCCGGUGAAGCCGCGAAAGUACCCGAAUCGACCGAGCAAAACUCCGGUGCACGAACGACCAUACGCUUGCCCGGUGGAUGGUUGCGAUCGUAGGUUUUCUCGCAGCGACGAGCUCACCCGACACAUUCGUAUUCAUACCGGUCAAAAACCGUUUCAAUGUCGCAUCUGUAUGCGCUCCUUCUCCAGGAGCGAUCAUCUGACCACUCACGUCAGAACUCACACCGGCGAGAAGCCUUUCUGUUGCGAUCAAUGCGGUAGGAAGUUUGCGAGGAGCGACGAGAAGAAACGACACGCCAAGGUGCACCUAAAACAGAGGCUGAAGCGCGAGGCUACCCAUGCCUCGGCCAGAAAUCAUCCUCAGAGCCACGCUUCGCCGCCUUGCAAUCAGUAGAAGGCAUCCUUCGAUCGGUUGACGAUCAACGUCGAUCUCCACGCGCAUUCCUUCGAUCUUUUUGCCAAUCGUGCUCACUCGCGAUGCAGCUUCUCUCCUUGCCAGGCGACGAGGAAACGACGGAGACCUUUAGGCGGAACGCACAGACUGCCGUCACCGACUGAUCCGUCAUCGAUCGUCGUCGGUUUGCCAGCGAUCGGCCUCCAUCGGCCCCCAUCGGCCCCGAUGGACUCUCGACGCUGCAUUUUCGAUGCUGUAACCACGCGUGAUACCGAAUUUUCGGACAUUAGUAUGUAAGAAAUCCCAGGAGGAUUUAUCGUCGAAUCCUUUUGUAAAUAUCCGUACGUGGACAUUUUUAUUUUUCAACGUCGAACGGAACCGCGUGUCCGUCGCUUGCAUGUGCAAUCGGAUCGAUUCAUCGACUCUCUCGCGAGCUGUGCUUCUCGUCGAGAAUGAUCGAGAGAACGCGAAAUUGCAAUCUGUCGAGCAUCUCCGGGCAAAGUCGCGUUCUCGCCUUCUUCUCUUACGAGUUCUUCUUUUCCGUCUUUUGUUGUCCUCGUUGGGUUCCUUACGCCCGCGGUCUGUACCCGCGCAUCGCAUCGUUACGAGACUGUCGCUGUAGUUGCAUUUAGCUUUCGCGGUGGAACGAGUUUGAACGGACGAACGAUUCCUAGCUCUACCGGGUACGCUGUUAAGUUGUUUCGCUCGACUACGGUCGGUAUCGGUUCUCGAAUGCGAACGUUCGAAACGAACAACACGUCGGGGAUCGUUAUUUACGGGCUCGCGUUUUAUGCACUUGUUUGCGAUCGGGAACGAUCCAGAGAGAAGCGGAUGCGAAAAAUCUCGCGUUGAAUACGUGCGCGAAAUAUUCCGGUGUCACGAGAUACUGCAACCACGUUCUCGUACGGAUGGCGUAGAAUCGAUACCGCCCGCAGCUUCCGGGAAUCUGGGAGGAAUUCAUCGAAGGAGAUAGAGAGAGACGGCGCGCAUUCGAUCGCAUGCAAACGAGCGCGGAAAAGGAAAAAUGCUGCGCGCGCGCCCUUCUUGAAUCGAUCGGAGAUCGAGCGUGUAUCGAUCCCGUCGACUUCCUCGCGAUCGAUAACGGAUAGACGAUUCCCGAUCUUUGUCGUGCGAGCGUCCGUCCAGUGCCGGACUAAGAUUUUCGUAAUCCCUGAGAAACAAGUCGAACAAAAAUAAAGCUACGAUCGCAUUACACACAUUUUAAACACAACAUGGAAGAUCAUUUGGUCGAUGACAUAGUUUGAAAAUGUAACGAUACAAAUGGAACGUACAAAUCCGACGUAAAAACUCCUUCCAGAAUGCGUGCGGACCCAGCUUAUGCCUUUCGUGUCAGUAUCGCGAGGAGGUUCGCCCUCUCGUGUUCCCCGAGCGAGUCGUUAGUCCCUAAAGCCCACCCCUCGAUCCGGCCCCAUGUCUCUCCCUUCCGCGACAGCGCGAAAUUCUAAUAGCAUCGAUCGAAACGAUUCAAAAAGUACGCGCUUUUCAAUCAGGGAAUAUCGAAAAGUAUUUUCUAUGUAUUUUUAUAAGCGCUCGAACGAAUUUAUUCGUUGAAUGUUCGUUCGAGAUCCUACGGGGAAGGCAUUAGCACUGGACGAUGCUCAAAAUCAGGGUCUGCGUCCAAAAGGAGGACGUUUGAAAUUGCACGGUCGGUUUAGCGGGCUAACGAGGACGCACACCCUGAUCUCGUUGCAAGAAUCGGUCCACAUACUCUUUUGCGUCCUCGAACCUCGUGUCUUUCAAUCAUACAAUCGAACAAUCGCUUCGUAUCGUCCUCUACCUCUCGAACGCGUCCACGUGUCUCGUUCCUACUUCAAAACGCCCUUCGUGUUCCAGACACGCUAAAAUCUCGCACUUUUCUCACGUAUUUUCCAGUAAACCCUCAUUUCUUUUUCUUUUUCUUUUUCUCUCUCUCUCUCUCUCUCUCUCU